UUUAAAAUGACAAGCAGUAGGCUAUUUUAAAUAAUCAAUUUAAGAUGACAUGCAGUAUUGAACAAAAAUUCCAACAUUUGUCUGAUUUAAUGCUUUGUUUCGUUGUGCUUUUGUUCCGACUGCCGAUAAAUCCUCCUGGUAAAUGAAUAACACAUUCAUUACGUAUUCAGUCUCUCGGCUAUAGGUUCCCUUUGCCCCUAGCAACAAGCCGUUAUGUAAAACAAAAUUACUCUGGUGUGUGAGGAUAAUGUUACUGCACAGUAAGUUAUCUGAGUAUGGGACUAUUUAACAGCCUUCUUGCUGUGACUACAUGUAACAACAAUAAUCCUCGUAGUUCUUGAAGUAGGCUAUUUGUAUUGUGACACUGCACUGCAGUGGUUUAGAAACUGGAGUUUGCCUUAGGGUUACAGUUUCAAGUCCCAGGUCAGAACUUAUAUGGGAAAAUCAAUUGUAUCCCACUGCUGUGGACUCCUUGGUGGGAUUAAUGGGCUAAUGACAGUCCAGACUCAAACUAACAAGUCAAGGCCACAUAUUCCAGCCUACACUUCUAGAAAAUCGCAUCUGGAGUGAGCCUGCACACGGUCCUAGUGAAAUGUAGCCUACUCCUCCAAUGCAAUUACUGUGCAGCUGAACUCGUGGGACUGCAGGGAGAAAAGCAGUGCUUUGUCCAGUCGCCCCCCAUGGUGAAUUAUUAGUUGUGGCAUCACAAAAUAAGGGAGGAUUUCAGUGGGAUUGUCAUCUUACCAUGGAACAGCAAUGUAUCUCUGCAAGCCUACGGUCUGAAGAUGGAAGAGGAAGCAGGACGAUUCUCCACAAAACACUCUGAGAGGAUUUGUAUCCAUUGUAUCCGUGGAUUUAUGAAGCUUUGUGGGAAGAAACUGACCUUAACCCUAUUGAAAACACUUGCUGCAUAACUCAAAGCAAUAUGCCUGAGCCGGACAUCUCUGUUACCACCCCUCAAGAAUUUGGUUCUGAUUAUGAUUACAGUCACUACUAUGCUUUUUCUGAUGUCUCUUACCAAGACUAUGGACUGUGUGAGAAGACGCACGUGAGAGCAUUCGGCAGGAUAUUCCUGCCUGUUUUUUACACCUUUGUGUGCGCUCUUGACAUUGUGGGAAACACUCUUCUGGUCUUUAUUCUGAUCAAGUACAUGAAACCUUCUAGUGUAACCUCUGUAUAUCUUUUAAAUAUGGCUGCCUCUGACAUUUUGUUUGCGGUGACGCUCCCGUUUUGGGCAGUCUACGCCCACUCUGAGUGGAUCUUCGGUGACUUUGGGUGCAAGACGAUCACAUUGAUUUACACAGUGAACUUGUUCAGCAGCAUCUAUUUCAUUACAUGUAUCAGCCUAGAUAGAUAUUUGAACAUUGUCUGGGCCUCUUCUACCAACAGGUUUGUCAAAUCGCCUAAGUGUUAUGUGAUGUGCAUUGUGGUUUGGGCUCUCUCUUUUUUGGCCGCAGCUCCAGAUCUGAACUUUGUGAAGCUGCAGGAGUUUGAUGGGAAGAAGACCUGCACACAUGAAUUUGGAGGUGAGCACUUGUCGCCAUGGAGAAUUUUCUUAAAGUUCCAAAUGAACAUAAUAGGAUUUCUCAUACCCUUCCUGGCAAUGCUCUUCUUCUAUCUGAGCAUCUGCUGCUUUGCAGUUAAAAUGAAGCUGGGAAAGAAAUCCAGGACUCUGAAGCUGGCGGUUGCCUUGGUCGUGGUUUUCUUUGUGCUCUGGUUCCCGUACAACCUGGUCUUGUUUUUGCACUCCCUUCAAGACCUCCACGUGAUUUCUGACUGUGCCACCAGCAAACGACUAGACCUUGCUAUCCAAGUCACAGAGAGCCUGGCCUUCACACACACCUGUCUGAAUCCCAUUCUAUAUGCCUUUGUGAACAAAAGAUUCCGUAGCUGCCUCUUCAAGAUCCUGAAAAAAGUUUGUAAGAGAGGAAGGGCAUACUCACUUGAGUGUACGGGCAGCACAAGUAUUUCUUCCGAUCUGAAUACCGGGAUUGAACUGACAAUGGUGGAAAAUGUUCAGUGAAUUUUUGUGACUCUGAACAAGAUGAGACUCGGAGCUCUGAACUGAUCAGUAUCCAAAAACUCCCAGGCCUGGCAGGACUAAAAGCAGGAUGUGAAGCCUUUCCUGUCACCUGUGAGAUCCAGGUUCAAUUUCCAAUGCCAUCUACAGUAAUUGCAUUAAUUUGUAUUUCCUCUGCAGAUGUUCUCCUGACUAUAUGUGAGAAAUAAAGCAUAUAUUCAAUAUAUUCUGCAUUUAAUUACAAAAUGUAAGAUAUCAUUUGUACAUGAAUAAUAUUCACUGAAAAAUGUACUAGUACCAUUGCAUUUUUGUGACACCCAUAGCAUGCUGUGUACCACUAUAAUACACAUAUAACAGUCUCUGGAUUUACUCAGCAAACUGUUGGUUAUAAUCAUGUAGACGCUUUAAUUUGUUUCUGUUCCAGUUUGUAUUCUAGUUCAUGGUAUUAAAAAAAUCUGUCCCAAUG